AUGGAAAGCACAAACACAUAAUAGGAAAGUACCGAAGCAACUUAACAAAAUUAGGAAGAGAGUGUGUCUGAAUUACAGCAACAGAAUGUAGAGAGUGAAGAUGCUUUCAAUGAGGACGAGGAUCCUUUAAGACAAGAGGAUAACCUUACUGCAGAGCAGGAGGCCACACUAUUUGCGUUUUUACAAAAAGUACAAAAAGCUUGCAACACUGAUGACAGUCUUCCAGAUUUCAUUGGAGCUCAGGUUUAAGACUGGCUAUAAGAGUUGGAAUAGAAAAAAGUAGAGGGUGACUAAUAACUUGCAUAAGAUGAUUAGUAAACCUAAUGA